GUCAAGAUUCACUUGACGUUGUGCUGAAGAAGCGAAAAAAUUGAUAAUCAAUCUCAUCAAAUCAUAAGACACCCCUAAAUUCUUUCGUAAAUAACAAAAGAAACCCCUCACGAAGGGUGUACAUCUUUCUUCCCGAUCAAUCCACUAGCUAGUACGACGUGCGCUCUCUUCCGUACAUUCCUACACGGCCGAAACAUUCACGAUGAUUCGCUUCAUUCUGAUACAGAACCGUGCCGGCAAGACGCGGCUCGCCAAAUGGUACAUGAACUUUGACGAUGAUGAAAAGCAGAAACUGAUCGAGGAGGUGCAUGCCGUGGUGACGGUACGUGACGCAAAGCACACGAACUUUGUCGAGUUCCGGAACUUUAAGAUCGUGUACCGCCGGUACGCCGGACUGUACUUCUGCAUCUGUGUCGAUGUGAACGACAACAACCUGUGCUACCUGGAGGCGAUCCACAACUUUGUCGAGGUGCUAAACGAGUACUUCCACAACGUGUGCGAGCUGGAUCUGGUGUUUAACUUCUACAAGGUGUACACGGUUGUGGACGAGAUGUUCCUGGCGGGCGAAAUCCGCGAAACGUCCCAGACGAAGGUUCUCAAACAGCUGCUGACGCUGAACUCGUUGGAGUAAGCAAAUCGUAGGUGUUUUGCUUUCAUUGUUAAUUGCUGCUGUUUCUACACCUUGCUGGCUCAUCUACUCAUUACGUUACGGGGGAUUGGAGGUCGGUAGAUCGAGAUGCAAGGAUGCAAAUACGUUACACAAAUCCGAUCACUAUCGGCAUAACAAAGAGCGUUUACAAUACUGCCGAUAAUGUUCGAAGUCGCACCGCACAGCAUUCCAAAAAGUUGAUUAGUAGUUUGGCCAGCGAGCGGACGUUGUUGAACAACUUGUGCAAAGCCAUAUUUUAGGAACACCCCCGGGGAAACCGUUUCCCGGCACCAUCCGCAUUCUGGCUUCACCCCCUGAUGAGUCAGCGUUUGUGUUUAGGUUUACGUUUGUUCGUGCCGUUCGAAUGGAAGCGAUGGAUGGUGCGCCAUUUUCAUGUGCAAAUCGAACGUUCAUCACCCGCUUAUCACCGAUCUGUAUGAUAUACGCUACUGUACACUCUUCCUUUUUGCGGGAAGAAAACCAUUAGAGAAAGCUAAAACAAAAAACAAAACAAAACAAUAUUCGUGUAAAGAAGCAGGUUUUUCGUUCGAUUCGGUUACUCCUAGGGGCUGCGAUGAAGCCGAACGCAGCUGGACGAUAUUUCUAGGCAAGUGCAACAAACCGUCAGUUGCGCGUGUAAAUGCUGCACACGACACUCACCAAAAUGCGAAGGUUUAAAUUAAUGGAAACUAUUAAAUAUAACGAAAAGUAAGACAAAUAUUAUUAUAGUAAUAUUACUAUUAUGGUAUAUUAACGAAAAUGAUCUGUAUUGCGUAGUAAUCGAAUAAAGAGAGUAAAAGAGCAGAGUGCCGGAUUUGAGA